GUGGGCCCAACAACUACAGUCUGUUAAGCUUUCAAUCUCAAAAUAGCCACGUGUCAAGCUUUAUAUAUCAUCUCUAAGCAAUUACCCUCAAUUGGCCAUUUAUUCCCACAACUCCAAACAAACCCUGCCUUAAAUCACAUGCUUUACUUUCAUUGCUUACACAAAACACAAGAAUUAAACAACACCUUCAAAUUUUAUUUUAUUUUUUAUAAUUUUUUUUUUUUUUUAUAAAGGACCAAACAACAAAACAAACCCACUGAUUUUCCCUCUUUUUUUCCAAUAAUUCCAUUUUCAGUUCUCCGCAUUAGGCGCCAUGGAUGCCUCCCACCACCACCAUGGCCUUACCAAAUUCAUCAUUUUCAUCAUAUUUCUAUCUUUUUCUUCAGCAUUUGCAUCUAUUAAUCAGUCCAAUGGAAUAGGACAGAUCAACUCUAAUUCCAUUCUAGUUGCCCUUCUCGACUCGUCUUAUACUGAGUUGGCUGAGCUGGUGGAGAAGGCGCUGUUGUUGCAGUCGCUUGAGGAUUUGGUGGGAAAGAGUAAUCUGACUAUCUUUGCUCCGAAGAAUGAGGCUUUAGAAAGGGACUUGAACCCGGAGUUCAAGCAGUUCUUGCUUGAACCCCGGAAUCUUAAGUCCCUCCAAAGCCUCAUUCUUCAUCAUAUUGUCCCUUCUACAGUCGACUUAAACAAACGAGUUAAGUCGACUCAGAAGAGGGCAUUGUCUAACCAACAUCUCCGCUUCUCGUUAAGAGAUAAGAGAUUGUUGGUCGAGGAGUCGGUGGAGGUAAUCGACCGAAACUCAAUCGUAAGACCGGAUGGCCUAAUCCACGGGAUUGACAAGCUUCUUAUCCCGCACUCCGUUCUCGAGAACUUCAAUCGCCGCCGGGAACUCCGCACUAUCUCAGCAGUACUCCCAACAGGCGCCCCAACAGUAGACUCUCGAAAGAAGACUCACUUGAAAAAGGGGUCAAAGAUAGGACCAGCUGGCGCUCCCCCAACUGUUCCCAUCUUUGACGCGCUGGCGCCAGGACCAUCUCUUGCCCCGGCGCCAGCGCCUGGACCUGGCGGCCCACACCAUCAUUUCGAUGGUGAGAGCCAGGUCAAAGACUUCAUCACAACCCUAGUACACUACGGCGGCUACAACGAGCUCGCCGACAUCCUAGUAAACCUCACAUCCCUUGCCACUGAGAUGGGACGACUAGUAUCAGAAGGCUAUGUAAUUACAGUGUUAGCUCCAAAUGACGAAGCAUUGGGUCGAUUGACCGCAGACCAACUAAGCGAGCCAGGUGCACCCGAGCAAAUAAUGUAUUACCAUAUAAUACCCGAGUACCAAACGGAAGAGAGUAUGUACAGUUCAGUGAGGCGUUUCGGUAAAGUAAGCUAUGAAACGCUGCGUUUGCCUCAUAAGGUGGCAGCUGAAGAGGCUGAUGGAUCGGUUCGGUUCGGGUCGGGUGAUGGUUCGGCUUAUUUGUUUGACCCAGAUAUUUAUACCGACGGUCGAAUAUCGGUUCAAGGGAUUGACGGUGUUUUGUUUCCGGCGGAAGAGGUUAAGGCUCCGGCUGCUGUGAAAAAGGUCGUCGUAAAGCAAAGAAGAGGGAAGUUGUUGGAAGUAGCAUGUACAUUAGCUGCAGCAUUUGGACAAGAUUCACAAUUUGCGUACUGCGGUCAAUGAAUAUAACUUCAAUUCAAAUUAUUUAUUAAAAAAAAAAAAAAAAAGAGCACAGGAAAAUCGUCAGCAAUGUAAAAUUUUGUAGGUUCAAAUAUUUGUCAUCGGAUUGUAAUCAAGUUUGGGAAACGAAGUUUUCCAGCUUCAUUAAUUAAGAAUCUACCUCAGAUUCUUAAUACUUGGUAGAAGAGGUGUUUUUUUAAAAAAAAUAUUUGAUUUUUAAUUUGUUGGUAAUUUUUGUAAUUAGAAACCAAUUCUUUGAUUUCUUUUGUUUGAUUUGGCGUUAAAAAGCCACUGUUAUAAAAAUGAUUUAGGGCUCGCUAGGAACGUAAAUCUUGUUGAUUGUUCCUGAUUUUUGUGAUGUGAGAGAAACAUAUACUUUUGAGAUUUGUA